CGGAGCAGACAUCUCUAUCACUGAAGAGAUAGUCAAAGCAGCUGCAGCGAACAAUCAGAAUGGCAAGGAAGUGAUGACGCUUCUUCUCGACCGAUGCGGAGCAGACAUCUCUAUUACUGAAGAUAUAGUCGCUGUAAUUGUAAGGAGAUUUGACAAGGAAGUGAUGACACUUCUUCUCGACCUACACGGGGCAGACAUCUCUAUCACUGAAGAGAUAGUUAAAGCAGCUGCAGCGAACCAUUGGAAUGGCAAGGAAGUGAUGACGCUUCUUUUUGAACGAUGCGGAGCAGACAUCUCUAUCACUAGAAAGAUGGUAGCUGAAAUUGCACGGAUUUGUGGCAAGGAAGCGAUGACACUUCUUCUCGACCGGCGCGGAGCAGACAUCCCUAUCCCUGAAGAAGUAGUCAAAGCUGCAGCGAACAAUCGGAAUGGCAAGGAAGUGAUGACACUUCUUCUCGACCGAUGCGAAGCAGACGUCUCUAUUACUGAAGAAGUAGUCAAAGCAGCCGCAGGAAAUUGGAAUGGCAAGGAAGUGAUGUCACUUCUCCUCGACCGACGUGGAGCAGACAUAUCUAUCACUGAAGAAGUAGUUAAAGCAGCCGCAAGAAACUGGAAUGGCAAGGAAGUAAUGACACUUCUUCUUGACCGAUGCAGGGCAGACGUCUCUAUUACUGAUGAAGUAGUUAAAGCAGCUGCAGGAAAUUGGAAUGGCAAGGAAGUGAUGACACUUCUUCUCGACCGAUGCAGAGCAGACGUCUCUAUUACUGAAGAGAUAGCCAAAGCUGCUGCUGCGAACGAGGACGGUGGCAAAGUUCUUCAAUAUCUUCAUGAAACUGUUGGCAUCAAAGUCACGGAUGGAGUAAUCGAAGCAGCAGCGGCCAGUGGUCAAAUGACAACCCUUAAACUCCUUGAUAAGUGCGCUGGCAUUGGCUGUGUAACAAAGGAAAUGGUCGAUAUCGCACGACUCUAUAAUGCAGCUCGAACCGGGGAUGCUAAGACUGUUUUCGAACUUAUUGGAUUAGGCAUUCCUCCAGACAACAAGGACAUUAUGGGAAGAACUCCUCUGUGGUGCGCAUCAGCCGGUGGGUAUACAAACGUCAUCCAGAUCCUUCUGGGAACAGACACUGUCGAUGUUAAUGCGCAAAGUGUCUCUGGGUGCACUCCGCUCUUCUGGGCUGCCGCUAGUGGCUAUUCCAAAGUGGUCCAGUUACUUCUGGAUCAUGGCGCUCGACAGGACUAUACAGAUAGGGAUGGUAUGUCGCCACUUACCAUUGCUCAGUCUCGUAGUCAAACCGAAGUGGUGGAAAUCCUUAUCAAAGACAAUGUACAGAAAGGUACUAAGGACUAUUUCGGUACUGUCGACUAAGGGAAAUAGCAGGAAGCCGAAGUACGCAAGCGAAAGGGCUAAAAGGCAUGCGUGAGAGUGCACAGCAAGGAGCAUUGAGACUCACUGGCUAGAAUGGUCAGCCUGGCUCACUCAUGGAAGCCCUAGACCUAGAGCAAAAGGCACUAUAUCGUCAAUGGAAAAGUGUUUCUACAAAAUCUCGUCUUGAAGUUCGAAAACAAAUGGCGUCUUCUUUCUCAUGGGAGAGAUUUCACAGCUCGGCGUCGAAUCUGUCUGGUUUCUUUGGUUAACCAGUUCACCAAAGUCUACGCAUCUACAAUUUUGAACUUCGAUACUCCAUACCAAUUGGCAAUCGCCCCUCUCAUUCAGUUUUACCUAGUUAGAAACCAAG